AUGAAGGAAGGUGCUAGUGUAUUAAGUAUUUCAUCAGAAAAUCAAGUUGGUGUCAAAGUUCGUAAUUUGACAGUAUCUGUUAAAUCACAACAACAAAAAACAACUAAACAUACUGAAGAUCAGGAGGCACAAUAUGAACAAGGAACAUCCAAGAUAUUAAACAACUUGUCAUUUGAUAUCGAAUGUGGUCAACUUGUGGCAAUUAUGGGUGGGUCAGGUAGUGGGAAAACCACAUUAUUAAACACUUUAUCACAACGAACCAAUAUCAAUAAUAAAAACUUGGGGUUUUCUGGAUCUGUUACCUAUGAAACUUCUAGUCUGAAUAAACAUAUCAAGCAUGCAUAUCUUUUACAAACAGAUAUAUUUUUGCCUGGGUUGACCGUAUGGGAAACAUUAUCAACACAAGCAGACUUACGAUUACCUUCACAUGUCACUAAACAAGAAAAAAUUGAAUUGAUUGAAUAUAUUUUAGAUGUUCUUGAAUUAAGUCACCUUAAAAAUACAUAUGUGGCUUCAUUUUCCCUGAAUGCAAGUACUUUAUCUGGAGGAGAGCAAAGACGAGUAUCAUUGGCCAUACAAAUGUUGUCGAAACCAGCAAUUCUAUUUCUUGACGAACCAACAACUGGACUAGAUACAUCAUCAUCUUUGAAAUUAGUUCACGUUUUGAAGAAACUAGCGUCACCAGAAUACGGGAUCACUAUUAUUUUAUCCAUUCACCAACCAAGACCUGAGAUUGGACAACUUUUUGAUAAGAUUUGUUUGUUGACCAGAGGAGGAAGACUUGUUUACUUUGGAAAUUUGGCCAAUGCCGAGAUGUAUUUCAAUAAUCUCAACUUUUUGGGCAGAGAUUCAGAUGAUCAUUCAAAACACAUUUUGGAAUACAUUAUGGAUUUAUCAGUGAAAGACACAACAUCAGUUGAAAAGGAACAACAAACAGUAGAAAGAAUCAACAAAUUGGUACAAACAUGGAGUAAUAAUCAUCAGUUCCAGCAACAACAGGAAGAAAACAGAUCUUCCAAAGAAUCACAUCAAUUCAAGAAAAACUUGACGCUUUUCAGUAAACCAAAAACAGAUAAGAUUUCUUUCUGGCAGGAAGUUAACGUCUUGACGAAACGAACAUUUAAAUUGACUUUCCGUGAUUAUAAACGUUUACUAGUUUUCAACGUGGGAAUAGUUAUUAUUGGUGUGACAGUUGGUUGGAUGUUCUAUCGUCCAAAGCACGACCUUGCCGGUAUAAGAUCAUUGACAUCCACUCUUUAUGUCGCCAUGGAAAUUAUGGGAUUUGUACCAAUGUAUUUUGAAAUCGAACGUUUGUGGGAAACAGAUGGUGUAUUUUUUUAUAGAGAAUAUCUGGAAAAUCAAGUGAGUAUUCCUGGAUUUUUGAUUUCCCGCAGAUUAGGAAAACUCUUUUUAGAAGAUUUGCCCAUGUCAUUAUUGUUUUCCAUUAUUACGUUUUUCAUGUGGGGGUUAAGAUUAGGAGAUGGAAGCCAUUUUGGAAUUUAUUUUGUCGUCGUGUUUUUAAUAGAAUUAUGUUGUAUGGGAACAGCUAUGUUUUCAUUUGCUAUUGCCCCCAGCUAUCCCAUUUCCGCCUUACUUAUCAACUUAAUUUAUCAAAUCCAAAAUAGUGCCUGUGGAUAUUUUGUCAAUGCAGCAACCAUGCCAGUUUAUGUGAAAUGGACAAAAUAUCUCGCUUAUUUUUGGUAUGCAUUUGGUGCGUUAACAAACAAUCAAUUCAGUGGUUGGCACGGGAAAUGUCCAUAUAAUGAUAUCAACGAUCCAAGAUGUCAAGAAUUUUCUGGGGACUAUCAAAUCAAAAUACUAGGGUUCCCAGUUGGAUGGGUUGGUGCACCAAUUGGUUACUUGGUGCUUUGGACAGUGGGAUUCUUUGUGUUGAGUGGUAUUCUAUUCUAUUUCAAACAGCAUGAUGUAAGCAUGGCUAAAACUAAGAAAAACACUAUUGGAGAAGGCGAGGAAGAUCAUGAAGCUUUACAUCAAAAGAAAACAGAAAGAGAACAAGAUUAUAUUACUGACAAACAUGACUUGGAAAUAAAUAUUAAUAAUAUCCAUUUGGAUGUGACAACGAGUAACUUAUUUGGUCAAACAAAAUCCACAAAAACUUUAUUAGACAAUGUGACUGCAUCUUUUCAAGCAAAUAAAGUUAAUGUAAUAAUGGGACCCUCAGGUAGUGGGAAAACAACACUUCUCAAUUAUUUGUCAAACAGACUUUCACGAAAUUCCAAAUUUAUAGCACUGGGAUCAAUUCGUUUAAAUGGUAUUCAAAAAAUAUCUCGUGAUCAACUUUCUAAAAUUUCUGCCUAUGUGACUCAACAUGACAGUUCUUUGAUUGAACAGUUGACUGUCCGUGAGACUUUAUACUACCAAGCAAAACUUCGUUUGCCUUUGGAUCAGCAUAAAUUUAUCCCCACUAUUAUUAACAAAUUAAUUAGACAAACAGGGUUGGUUGAUUGUGCAGAUACGUUGAUUGGGUCGGAAUAUGUCAAGGGUAUUAGUGGUGGUGAAAAAAGAAGGGUUUCUAUUGCUAUUCAAUUGUUGAGUAGACCUAAAGUUUUAUUUCUUGAUGAGCCAACUUCCGGGUUGGACUCAUCCACUGCAGAAACAAUUCUUACAUUGUUGGGUGAAUUAGCCAAGGAAAACAAUACCACCAUUAUUUUAACCAUCCAUCAACCAAGUGAACAAUUGUUCUAUAAGUUUGGAUCUUUGUUGUUAUUGGGUAGAGGAGGAAAAGUUAUAUAUGAUGGAACUUCAGUCGGUAUUGUUGAAUAUUUGGAAAGUUUAGGGUAUAAUAAUCCAGAGGGCCACAAUAUUGCUGAUUAUAUAUUGGAUUUAAUAUCUCGUGGGAUGAAUGAAGACAAAAUGCAACUGGAAAGAAGAGUAGCCGAAUUGAUUUCUUAUUGGCAAGCUAAUAGCAUCAAGAAAUUAUGUAGCACAGCCACUUUCCUGCAAGAGAUUAUUGAUUUACCCCAGUACUAUUAUCAAAGAUUGCCAAUAUUUAUUACGUUCCCAACUAUAUUCCGAAGACAAUUAUUGACGUCAUACCGUGCCAAGGAUGUUGUUAUUAAUCGUGCCGGACAAACGAUUUUUUUGGCAAUUGUCCACACCUUAUAUUUUACACCAUUAAGAAACACACAGGAAGGGAUUAGCAAUAGAUUGGGGUUGGUGCAAGAAGUGCUUAACUUAUAUUUCGCUGGAUUGAUUAACAAUAUCACAUUAUACCCAUUUGAAAGAAACUUGUUUUAUCAAGAAUACCGUGAUGGAAUAUAUGGGGUUACUGAGUUUGGGUUAUCAUAUUUAAUCAACGAAUUACCAACAGAAGUUAUUCCAUGCUUCUUUUUUGCGGCCUUGAUUGUUUUUGCUUGUGGAUUACCCAGAACGCCACAAAUGUUUUUUGCAAUGUUUGGUACUGGGUUUGUUUCUAUCAACUGUGGUGAAUCAUUAGGGAUUUUUGUCAAUAGUAUUUUUACUCAUAUGGGAGUGGCAACCAAUGUUUUGAGUACCUUUGUUUCCUUGGCUAUUUUCAUGGGAGGUACAAUGUCAUUGCAUAUGCCUGGAUUUUUCAAAGGAAUCAAUUUUAUUAGUCCUAUGAAGUAUGCUGUCGCUAUCUGUGCCAAUUUAGGUUUCAAAAACCAGAGUUUCAAAUGUAAUAGCGAAGCGGCUGAUUGUCUUUUAACAACAGGAGAAGAUGUAUUGAGCUACUACAAUAUGAAACAAAAUUUGGGCCCAAUGGUCGGUGGAUUAAUUGGAUGUCUUGUUAUUUAUAGAGUGGUUGCUAUUUUAUCAAUUUACGUCAGAGUUAAAUGGUUUUAG